UUGGCCUCAGUCCUAGCCUCCCUGUCUUCCCCUCCUGUCUAGCCUCCCCAGUCUAGCCUCCCCUGUCUUGCCCUCCAGUCUAGCCUCCCUGUCUCCCCCUCCAGUCUAGCCUCCCCUGUCUAGCCUCCCCAGUCUCAACUAUGGCCUUUGACAUGAAGAAAGAAGAAGACGUCAAAGAGUUUAUUGAUAAUUUAGGAAUAGAAUAUAGGUUUGGAUGUUUCAGUGAAGGAAAACCUGACAGUUGUCAUCUGCUUGGUGACUAUCUGGAAGGUGUGAAGAAGGACUUUGAAAAAGCUGCCAAAGUUUAUCGAAGCAACUGUGAUGAAUCGUCAUUUGCUAAGAGCUGUUAUAAAUAUGCCAAUUAUAAUUUUCUUGGUAAGGGAUGUAAACAGAACAUGGAAGAAGCUUAUUGUUAUUAUCUGAAGGGCUGCACGGCUGGUGACUACGACUCUUGUCUCAAUGGUGGCCUCAUGUGUGUGUCUCAUACACCAACUAAUGAUCACAGACCUAAGAAUUAUGAAAAGGGCUUGGAGCUGCUAGACAAGGCGUGCACCGGCAACAAUGCCUUCUCCUGCUACUACAUCUCGGGGAUUUUCAUCCAGGGAGUGAAGGAUGCUGUCAGUAAGGAUAUGAACAAAGCCUUUGAUUACUCCAUGAAGGCAUGUAACCUUGGCAACAUGUACGCUUGUGCGAACAUCUCUCAGAUGUAUCGCAAAGGAGACGGUGUGAAGAAAGACGAAACAAAGAGUGAUGAGUUCAAGAAGAAGGCUCUAGACAUGCAAGAUCAGUUCAAGGAGCAGAUGCAGCUACAGUUUCAACAAGGAAGUCAACAACAGUUAUAGAACCAUAGUAAAGUACAGUACUGAACUGUGCUUAUGUGUAAAUAUUUUUUAUGAGAUACUAAAGAAAUUCUGGUUAUAUUUUGUGUAAAGUAAUGAGGUGAAAAGCAGGAGGUUUUAUGUUCAGAGAUUAAGUACAACAUGUCUUAUAGGCCACACAACCAUAGGAAAAUAAUGUUCUUAUAUUCUCCAGCUGAGAGAAAGUAACACUAGAGACUUCGCCAGAGAUGUUAUUAUCACAAUCAAUCAAUUAUCACUAGAGGAGAAGCAGGUUAAUAUUAAUGUAUGUACAGAAAGGUAGAUGCUACACUCUGAUUAGCAUAUCCUGUCAUGUUGGUAUUGAUUAAAUUGUUUUGCAGGUGAUCAGUGUGUAGUAUCUGGCUUUCCUCUGGUGUUAAUUUCUCUGUUAUCUUCGUUGCUUUCUCACGAUUCUUUCACCUGAAGAAAAAAAUUAUUUACCUGUGGAGCACAACCUAUGAGACAUCCUUUAUCAUAGCUAUACCCUGAACUUUUUGUCAGAGGUGUGAGCUAUUUAUUAAAGCACGGUACUGUAAUGGUGAGCUAUUCUUCUUCACUGCCAGUUGUUGAUGAGACGUACUGUGCCUAGAUGGACGUCAGCCACAGAGUUCUCUUCUUAAAUAUUACAAUAUUAUCUCCUCUCAUAGUAAUGUGGUACAGAUGCAAGAAGUAAACAGAAAAAACCCACAAAAUGGAAGUGUUUUGAGAGAAUUUUAGGUUCACAUAUUGUGGAGAAAAUCACAAUAUAGUAUCCACAUUCAACAUACAAACCAGCCGUUGCUUCAGAUCCAAGGACUGUACCAUACACCGUAGCCUCAGUACGUUGCAACGAGUCAAAACAAAGAAUGUGCAGAUGUUCAAAUGGUAUACUGUCGGACUUCACAACACAUGAUUCAAGCCGCGUAGUCCUCUGUGUUUUGCCAUUUUUAACGCAUUACCGGAGAAAUGUAGUUUUUUUUAACCUAACUAUAAGGGAGUUCAGUUUAGAUAGUUAUUAAUUCAUAGUAUUGUAUUGUGUCUAGUUUAUGUUAUUGAUGGUGGUGCAGGAUGUGUGGCUGUUGUGGCCAGUGGUGCAACAAGACAUGAAGACAACAACUGAAGACAUGAGGACAAAAACUGAAGACAUGACGACAACUGAAGACAUGAAGACAAUGACUGAAGACAAUGAUCAGGAUGUAAGAAGCUGCUCUCAGCACUUAGGAAAAAUGAUAGAAUAAUAUGGAGAAUGUACCGGGUAGUUGAAGGGUAACCAAAACUUUCUGGGUAAAACUUAACAUGAAAAGUGGCAUCUAGUAAUGAAGAGGUUAGUGGAGAUAAUGUAUUAACCCCUUGUGUACUGGGUUCCCUCUGUGUUGUAUAAAGUCAUCUUGCGUUAACCUAAUAAAAUAUUAAAAGUGGCAUCCCUGAAGUAAAGGGAUAAGGGGUGUUACUUGUUGUCCACUACCUGUUCGCUUUUCAUGACACGACCACACACUAAACUUACCUGUUACCUGAAGGGAGUUUGUCACAUGUUAACAAUGAUAUUGAAUCAUUUUAGUGAUAUUUUUAACUAAUUAACAAAUUGGAAAAAGAUAAGACAGACAAAUACAAUUAAAAAUACAAUUACUAGCUACUGGUAAUGUAUCUUGAAGUCAUCGUCCCCAAUCAUGUCUUGUGUUCCUCUCGUCGUACAAAGACUUACUGUACUUAGUUUAAAUGACAAACUUCACACCAUCCAGCAAACUCAACUGGAUUCUUGCAUUAAAACUGAGGGUCUGUGGCUCAUGAAGUCAAGUACUGUACUGUAUACUGUACGGCAUUUACCCAACAGUGUAGUGGUGCCAAUUGUGGUGACUAUAGAAGUGUAAGAUGUGGACUUAACCAUACAAAUGUUUAACUCAGGAACCAUGAAUGCUUUUUUAAAUCUGUGUAAUCAUCAGUUGAUAGUAUUCAUACAGUACAGUACAGGAAAGAUGUGAUGCAGUCAUAUGGACCACAGAGACCAAAAGGACUUAUACCACAUCAUCAUUUAUUAUGAGGGAUUUCUACAGGGUGUUAGUGAAGUAAUGCUAUAGUUAUUCCUUGUUAUACCUACAUUGUUAUAUACCUUGUUAUACUAAUACUUGUAUUGAGAAUGGCAUCCACUUCCAACAUUUACUGUGACCAUUUACAAUAAUUGCUGUAAGUAGAGCAAGGUACAGAUAACAAUAUAAGACUGGAGGAAACAGUAACUAUUGGCCCAUACUGGGCAGUCCCAUUUACACCCAACCCCUAUUGCUCAUAAUCCAUCCAACCUUUGUUUGAAGCUAUCCAGCGUAUUCGAGUUAAUGAUGAUGUUUGGUAACUUGUUCCACUCAUCCACUACUCUAUUUCCAAACCAAUGUUUACCUAUUUCGCGCCUAAAUCUAAAUUUG